AUGUUUGCCAUCCAGGACACCAUACCAAGAGGUGGUAUAGCCAUGAAGGAAGAACCUUUGAUUGCUGGGCUGAAUCCUGCCAGGACCUGGAUACAUUCCGGCGGGAUACUGGAUGCGAACACCGCGGCUCAGAGUGGAGUCGGUUUAGCCCGGUCACACUUUGAGAAACAGCCGCCGUCCAACCUCCGCAAAUCCAAUUUCUUCCACUUCGUCUUGGCUCUGUACGACCGGCAAGGUCAACCUGUGGAAAUUGAGAGGACGGCGUUUGUUGACUUCGUAGAGAAAGACAAAGAACAGAACGGAGAGAAAACAAACAACGGUGUUCACUACAAGUUACAGCUUCUCUAUAGCAACGGAAUCCGAACAGAGCAAGAUUUAUUUGUACGGCUCAUAGACUCAAUGACCAAACAGGCAAUCAUAUACGAAGGGCAGGAUAAGAAUCCAGAGAUGUGUCGGGUGCUCCUCACUCAUGAAAUCAUGUGCAGCCGAUGCUGUGACAAGAAAAGCUGUGGAAACAGGAACGAAACACCCUCGGAUCCCGUUAUCAUUGACAGAUUCUUCUUAAAAUUCUUCCUAAAGUGUAAUCAAAAUUGUUUGAAAAACGCUGGGAAUCCAAGAGACAUGCGACGGUUCCAGGUGGUCAUCUGCACAACAAUUAACGUGGACGGCCAUGUCCUGGCUGUAUCCGACAACAUGUUCAUCCACAACAACUCGAAGCAUGGGCGGCGAGCUCGGAGGCUCGAUCCCUGUGAAGGUACCAGUCCAGCAUUCCUUGAGUCAGCCACUCCAUGCAUCAAAGCGAUUAGCCCGAGUGAAGGGUGGACUACAGGCGGAGCCACUGUCAUCAUUAUCGGAGACAACUUCUUUGAUGGGUUACAGGUUGUUUUUGGAACGAUGCUGGUCUGGAGUGAGCUGAUCACGCCUCAUGCCAUCCGAGUGCAGACGCCCCCACGGCACAUCCCGGGAGUGGUGGAAGUCACGCUGUCUUACAAGUCGAAGCAGUUCUGUAAAGGAGCACCAGGGAGGUUUGUCUACACAGCAUUGAAUGAGCCUACGAUUGACUACGGAUUCCAACGGCUACAAAAAGUCAUUCCACGGCAUCCUGGGGACCCUGAACGAUUACCGAAGGAAGUACUGCUGAAACGAGCUGCUGACCUGGUUGAAGCCUUAUAUGGAAUGCCACACAACAACCAGGAGAUUAUCCUGAAGCGAGCGGCAGAUAUUGCUGAAGCUCUUUACAGUGUCCCCAGGAGCCACAACCAACUUCCAUCGCUUGCCAAUACAUCGGGCCACUCGGCGAUGAUGGGGGUGAACUCCUUUAGCAGUCAGUUGGCGGUCAACGUGUCAGAGACGUCGCAGGCCAACGACCAAGUUGGUUACAACCGCAACACCAACAGCGUUUCCCCUCGAGGGUACGUGACCAGCUCCACCCCCCAACAGCCCAGCUACAAUACCAGCAGCAUGAAUGGGUAUGGGAACACUGGGAUGUCCAACCUGGGAAUACCGGGCUCUCCGAGCUUUCUGAAUGGAUCUGCUGCCAACUCUCCAUACGCCAUCGUGCCGUCCAGCCCUCCUAUGACGGCUUCCUCCGUCACCCUGUCUUCCAAUGGUAACACUACCCCAGGCAUUUUCUCAUUCUCUCCUGUCAAUAUGAUCUCUGCAGUGAAACAGAAGAGCGCCUUUGCCCCUGUCGUUAGGCCUCAGGCCUCUCCGCCUCCUACCUGCACUGGCUCCAAUGGGAACAACCUGCAAGCCAUGUCUGGCCUGAUAGUUCCUCCGAUGUAGAAGAGGCGGCUUGUGAAUGAUGAAGGCAAACAGCUCCGCAAGUCAACACAUGGGCCAAGCAGAAAGCAAGGCCCCAUGUCGCCCUCUUUUUUUUAAAAUUUUGUCUGCCCCCUCACCCCCCUCCCACAAACCCCUUCCCCACAACUUUGAGACGUUUCAUGCAACGACGAUGUUCUUUCCGUGAAUUCUUGGGCAUUUGAUUUCGAAGCGAUACUCUGAGCAGCUGUCCACGUGUUAAACGAUGGGAGGUGUUGUGCAGGAGACAGACAAAUGACCCUGCCUUCUCCCUUCCUUCCCAACCUUUCCUAGGCACCUGAAACUUCCGAACUACCCCCUUCUGCACCCAUCCCCGUCCCUCCAUCCAGCCCCCAUCUCCUUUCACUCAAAUUGGACCAAUGAUCGUGGGCCUCAACCAUUCGAAAAGCCAACACCAACGAGGUCAUUUCCUCAUUCUGUAUGGAGCGGCGAGGAAUGGUACAGUAGAGGAGACAUUGUUAACAUGGACUGCAGUCACGACAGUGAGAAAAAUCUUAGCACCAAAAUCACUUCCGGUUGAUGCCAACGAGAUUGUGUGAAGAGAAGUGAAAAGGAAUUGAGAGAAUGUUCACCAGGGAACCAAGGGAGGACGGUGUUGGUUGUAUCAUCAAUGAAGGUUUGAUCACACCAGGCCUUUUAGAUCCCAUAUAGUUAUGGUGAACUUUGUACACCAGUCAGUGUUCCUGUGACUCCUGAAGGUGUGGUGAUUUAUUAUUUAAAUACUAUGAGAAGCGUCCCAAUUAAACCUCAUAGAAUGCUUCUUUCUCUCUUUCUCUUCCUUGCUCUCUCUCUCUCUCUCUCUCUCUCCCUCUUCUAUUUCUCUUGUCACCUUCGGCAGCAGCCAUCUUACUUAUGUUCACCCCCUCUCUUUCAUGAAGCUUAACUGGCUAGAAGCUUGUGAGGACCCACCUGGCCAAGCCAAACCUGUGUUUCUUUGGAAAGUUCCAGAUGGCGUGCUCUUGAUUGCACAGAAUAUUCCCGGGGCUCCAGAACAUUCCGUCAAUGGUGUUACUCUCACAGCUAAGAUUCCAAAUUUCCUGAGUGCUUGACCUAAUGUGCAGGACCAUUCAGCUCCACGAUGCUUUGUAUAAAGGACAGGGGGAGUUGGAUGACCUGACAGGGCAAGGCCAAAUCCAGCAGGGAACAAGGUCUGGGCAGGUACAAUGGAUACAGGUUUUCACAAAGAUUUAUCCCCUUUCUUUUUUGUAUAUGAAUCUGUGUGUCAGUGGGUACCACCUAAGAGUCAGGAGGUUGUCUAGCCCUAGCUGUCUAGCUCUACUCCAGAGAUUUGUACAAAUAUCCUCCAAUGCUUAACCGAGGGAGUGCUGCACUGUCAGAGGUACAAUCUCUCAAUUAAAUAGAGGCUCCGUUCCCCCCUCUCAUGCGGGCAACAGAGACCUCACGAUACCAUUUUGAAAACAAGAGGAAAGUGCCCAUGGUUCUCCAUUAACAUAUAUCCACCCUCCUACAUUGCCAAAGCAAAUUGUUUGCUCAUUCUCACACUGUUUGCUGUGUUCAAAUUGGCUGCCAAAGUUUCCUGUUCUGCUCAUAUUUCAGAAGUACUGCACUGGCUGGAAAACGCUUCAGGAUACCCUGAGGUUGUGACAGGGGCUAUGUGAAUGCAAGUCCUACACCAGCUGGCAACCCAAUUGGGUACCCGUUAGUGUCAGGCAUGAGAGGUUUAGUCAGUCCAGAAGGGGGAGGAGUUGUAAAAGCUCAACAAAUAGGAAGCAGGAGUCCAUUGAGCCCAUCCAGCUGAUUCGUUCCCUUUGAGUGCAAGUUCUUGACCUUGGCACACUUUGCUUAAUAUGCCACGCUCACUGCAAGUUCCAGUCUCAUCAGGGAUAACAGGGACCAAACACAAUUAACCAAACAAUGAUGUUUGCUAAAUUGUCAAUUUAAUGGUGCAAAAUCUGAUCUUGUCAAACUGGAACUUAUCAGACCAUUUCUUAUACUCCUCAAACCAAAUGUUUGAUUUGGUUCAAUGGUCUUUUGCAUGUUGCUUAUGGUUCAAGACAUGAGGUAUUCUGCUGUACCUGUCCUGGGAAUGUUUUAUGAGGACAGUGUAGAGGGAGCUUUACUGUUUAUCUGUCUCCAUGCAGUACCUUUCCUGGGAAUGUUUUCUAGGGACAGUGUGGAUGGAGCUUUACACUGCAUCAAACUCCAUGCUAUCCCUGUCCUCAGAGUGUUUGAUGGGGACAGUGUAAAGGGAGCUUUAACUCAAUCUAAAAGAAUAGACGAAGCUGUUAAUCCAGAGAACCAGGUAAUUUCUUGUACCCGGGUUCGAAUCCCGCUACUGUAGAUGGUGGAUUCAAUAAGAACCUGGAAUUCAGAGUCUAAUG